CUUCUCCCCAAGCCCGCCUGGAUAAUUAACGCGCCUGCGCAGAAUAAAACCCAACGGGAGCCGGCUCCUUCCGCGCAUGCGUCGCGGCCGGAGGCGGGCAGCGCCGCGGUGCGCAGGCGCAGCCGUCGGUGGGUCGGCGUUCGGCCGCCUGAGAGAUCCUAAAAACCCCGGGGCGUGGUCUCUUCCUGUCUCAAGAUGGAUAACAAGAAGCGCCUGGCCUACGCCAUCAUCCGGUUCCUGCACGACCAGCUCCGGCAUGGGGGGCUCUCGUCCGAUGCCCAGGAGAGCUUGGAAGUGGCAAUCCAGUGCCUGGAGACUGCUUUUGGGGUGACCGUGGAAGACCGCGACCUUGCUCUCCCUCAGACUCUCCCGGAAAUAUUUGAAGCAGCUGCUGCGGGCAAGGAGGCGCCGCAGGACCUAAGGAGCCCCGAGCAGGCUCCGCCUUCAGAGGAGGACUCGGCUGAGGCGGAGCGCCUCAAAACUGAAGGAAACGAGCAGAUGAAAGUGGAGAACUUUGAAGCUGCCGUGCACUUCUAUGGGAAAGCCAUCGAGCUGAACCCGGCCAACGCGGUCUAUUUCUGUAACAGAGCCGCGGCCUACAGCAAACUCGGGAACUACACUGGGGCCGUGCAGGACUGUGAGCGAGCCAUCUGCAUAGACCCGUCCUACAGCAAAGCCUACGGCAGGAUGGGCCUCGCGCUCUCCAGUUUGAACAAGCACACUGAGGCCGUGGCCUACUACAAAAAGGCCUUGGAGCUGGAUCCUGACAAUGAGACCUAUAAGUCGAACCUCAAGAUAGCCGAGCUGAAGUUGAGAGAGGCGCCAAGUCCCACAGGAGGUGUCGGCAGCUUUGACAUCGCCGGCCUACUCAACAACCCCAGCUUCAUGAGCAUGGCCUCAACCCUAAUGAACAAUCCCCAAGUCCAGCAGCUCAUGUCCGGGAUGAUUUCGGGCGGCCACAACCCCCUGGGGACUCCUGGCACCAGCCCCUCACAGAACGACCUGGCCAGUCUCAUCCAGGCCGGCCAGCAGUUUGCCCAGCAGAUGCAGCAGCAGAACCCAGAGUUGAUAGAACAGCUCCGAAGUCAGAUCCGAAGUCGGACCCCCAGUGCCAGCAAUGACGACCAGCAGGAGUGACUGCCCACGACGGGACGCCUGGCUGGCUCAGACCCUGGAGGGUGUGACUCGAUCUUGGGAUCAUGAGUUCGAGCCCCACGCUGGGAAUACAGAUUACUGAAAAAAAUAGUUUAAAAAGUUUUAAAAGCCAAAAACACUGAGGAACAGGGAAAACAACUUUGAUCUCUCCACCUGCGGCAACGAAUGUUAAUUAUUUGGGCACAUUUUUCUUUUUCUUUCUUUUUUUUUUUAAAGCACUCUUAAAGGAAAAAACGAAACCUAGUUGAGAUCGGUUUUGCAUUUGUUAUAUGUCGUAACCUUAUCUGCAAAACGCCUUCGCCAGCAUUUCCGUAUCCUAGGCCCCAGAGCCUGCAGCGACGUUCUGCGUCUGGGCUAAGGCCGCCCGGGUGCCGCCCAGCCUGUGAACGUGGCUGCCUGGGCCGUGGCCUGACUCGCCGCCCUCGUGUCUUCUCCCCCCAGCCCUCCCAGUGCCACCAGCUCCUUCCCACCAACUGGAAGCCGUCUCGCAUUUCGCCAUCUUCUCCCCUUGGACCACCCAAGAGAGAAAAAGAAACAGAAAUUGGACCUGCAUGUUAAGAUGGAUUUUUAUUACUCCUUCACCCUCCCCUCCCUGUUUGUAGUUUCCCACGGCCCCCAGACCCUUCUCGAAACAGAGCCAGCAAGCCGUGAACGCAGACCAGCACUGAUCUCUUCCCAGCCCCCUGAAAACCCAGUCGUGAAAGUGUUUUCUAGACUGUUCCGGGGCGGGGGUCGUCCUCAAGCCCCUCUCCAGGAAGCAAACAGUUUUGUGUCAAGCCACGUCGGGGACACCCAUGGCUCCCAGAGCCCCUUUCUGCAGCCCCCGCGGUCUGUUUUCAGAGGAGAUGGGAGAAGCCACUUCUGAGUCAACCUUGGCCUCUCCCGGCCGCGCUCUGCUCGGAUGAGCUCACUGCCAGCCGCGGUCUGGGCGCCAGUGGCCACCCUGCCCCUCGGACCACGGGUUUUCGUGUGAGGAGCUCUUCAGACACAUUUUCCUAAAAGACGAUUUCUGUGACCUUGCACCCCAUUUGGGAGCAGGGGGCGGGACCGUCCCAGGGUGCACAGGACCAGGUACUGGGACUUUUCUUCCAUUCGAGCAUUUUGAUGGACAUGUGUCUCAUCUCUGAUACUCCUGUCCCAGUACUCAUGACCGACAGACCGCAAGGGGCUGAUCAUGACCUUUCAGCCCGCCCCCGGCUGGGUGUCCAGCCUCCUGCCCUUCUGCCCACAGGCUAUCCUGCCAGCCAUUAUGUCUGGGUCCUUACAGGCUCAUCUGUCCUGUUCAGGGCUGGGGGGCUGGCGGGGCCCCUGGUGCCCCUCACCUUGGCCUGACAUUGCCACACAGCCAACCAGAGCUGCUUCCCGGAGAGCAGGCAUGCCAGUUGUGGCCAGGCAGCCUGCCCAGGACACAAGGCCACUGUGGAUAUCCCCACGGCCUCUACUGGGGCAGGAUGGGGGGGAGGGCAGGUCUGCGGGCACCAGUGUUGGCAUCUGGAUCACGUGGGGCUCCCUGGUGGUCCGGGCCGUCUGCAAGGUCGACCCGGUACCGUGUAUGUUGUAGGUAACUGGUAGGAAGAUGGGCCACUGCCGGCCACCCGCAGUCCGACCCACGUCUGGCGAGAUGGGUCUUAAUUUGAAUGCUAGCCAUGGUGACAAGAAAACGUGUGGGGAAUAAAUAGACAUCACGA